GUGGCCAGCGCGCGCGAGAGGGAGCGCGAGGGAGCGGGCGACCGCCCUGCCAGCUAGCCGAAGUCCGGGGCGAGCGCGGCGGGCAGGGGUCGGGUUGAGGAACGCGGCGCGGGAGGCGCGUCCCCCAGCUGCCCUCCGCGGCUCGAGCACCCCACUUCCUUCCCUCCCCUCCCUUGCGCUCCGGCCUGGGGUCUCCGGGCGGGGAGCGGAGGGAAGGGACGAAGGAGGAGGAGGUUUCGCGGAGUGAGGGGCGGAGGGGGUCCCGGAGCGGGGCGAAGCGCGCGCUGCCUCUCACUCUCCCGCCGCUGCCUUUGCCUCCUCGCCCGGUGCCGCGGCCCCGGGGCGCCCGCACUAUGCAGGCGGACUGCCGGCCGCCGCGAUGGCGAGCCGGGCGGUGGUGAGAGCCGGGCACAGCCCUCAUCGUUUCCUAGUCCGGGCCGCGGCCACCGCCCCCGCCCGGGCCGCGAUCCCCCUCUCCCGCUCCUACCCCCUCCCUCCCCGCUCCAACUCCUCCUCCCCCCCCCCCUCCCCCUCCUCCUCCUCCUUCCCCAUGCCUCUGUUCCUCCUUCUCUUACUUAUCUUGCUCCUGCUGCUCGAGGACGCCGGAGCCCAGCAAGGUGAUGGAUGUGGACAUACUGUACUAGGCCCUGAAAGUGGAACCCUGACGUCCAUAAACUACCCACAGACCUAUCCUAACAGCACUGUUUGCGAAUGGGAGAUCCGUGUAAAGAUGGGAGAGCGAGUGCGCAUCAAAUUUGGUGACUUUGACAUUGAAGAUUCUGAUUCUUGUCACUUUAAUUACUUGAGAAUUUAUAAUGGAAUUGGAGUUAGCAGAACCGAAAUAGGCAAAUACUGUGGUCUGGGGUUGCAAAUGAACCAUUCAAUUGAAUCAAAAAGCAAUGAAAUUACAGUGCUGUUCAUGAGUGGAAUUCAUGUUUCUGGACGAGGAUUUUUGGCUUCAUACUCGGUUAUAGAUAAGCAAGAUCUAAUUACUUGUUUAGACACUGCAUCCAGUUUUUUGGAACCUGAGUUCAGCAAGUACUGCCCAGCUGGUUGUCUGCUUCCUUUUGCUGAGAUAUCUGGAACAAUCCCUCAUGGAUAUAGAGACUCCUCACCAUUGUGCAUGGCUGGUGUGCAUGCAGGCGUAGUGUCAAACAUUUUGGGUGGCCGGAUUAGUGUCGUAAUUAGUAAAGGCAUCCCGUACUAUGAAAGUUCUUUGGCUAACAACGUAACGUCUGUGGUGGGACACUUAUCUACAAGUCUUUUUACAUUUAAGACAAGUGGUUGUUAUGGAACACUGGGCAUGGAAUCUGGCGUGAUUGCCGAUGCUCAAAUAACGGCAUCGUCUGUGCUGGAGUGGACGGACCACACAGGGCAAGAGAACAGCUGGAAACCCGAAAAGGCCAGGCUGAAAAAACCUGGACCUCCUUGGGCUGCUUUUGCCACUGAUGAAUAUCAGUGGUUGCAAAUAGAUCUGAAUAAGGAAAAGAAGAUCACAGGCAUUGUAACCACAGGCUCCACCAUGGUGGAGCACAAUUACUAUGUGUCAGCCUACAGAGUUCUGUACAGUGACGAUGGGCAGAGAUGGACUGUGUACAGAGAGCCUGGUGUGGAGCAGGAUAAGAUAUUUCAAGGAAACAAAGAUUAUCACCAGGAUGUGCGUAAUAACUUUUUGCCACCAAUUAUUGCACGUUUUAUUAGAGUGAAUCCUACCCAAUGGCAGCAGAAAAUUGCCAUGAAAAUGGAACUGCUUGGAUGUCAGUUUAUUCCUAAAGGUCGUCCUCCAAAACUUACUCAGCCUCCACCUCCUCGGAGCAGCAGUGACCUCAAAAACACUACAGCCCCUCCAAAAAUAGCCAAAGGUCGUGCCCCCAAAUUUACUCAACCACUACAACCUCGAAGUAGCAAUGAAUUUCCUGCACACACAGAGCAAACAACUGCCACUCCUGAAAUCAAAAAUACCACCAUAACUCCAAAUGUAACCAAAGAUGUAGCCUUGGCCGCCGUCCUUGUCCCUGUGCUGGUCAUGGUCCUUACCACUCUCAUUCUCAUACUAGUGUGUGCUUGGCAUUGGAGAAACAGAAAGAAAAAAGCUGAAGGCACCUAUGACUUACCUUACUGGGACCGGGCAGGUUGGUGGAAAGGAAUGAAGCAGUUUCUUCCUGCCAAAUCAGUGGAGCACGAGGAAACCCCAGUUCGCUACAGCAGUAGUGAAGUGAAUCACCUGAGUCCUAGAGAAGUCACCACGGCGCUGCAGGCUGACUCUGCAGAGUAUGCACAGCCACUUGUGGGAGGAAUUGUUGGCACACUCCAUCAGAGAUCUACCUUUAAACCAGAGGAAGGCAAAGAAGCAGGCUAUGCUGACCUAGACCCUUACAGCUCCCCUGUGCAGGAAGUCUAUCAUGCCUAUGCUGAACCACUCCCGGUUACCGGGCCCGAGUACGCAACCCCAAUUGUCAUGGAUAUGUCCGGGCACCCCACAGCUUCGGUUGGCCUGCCCUCAGCGUCCACUUUCAAAGCUGCAGGGAACCAACCUCCCCCUCUAGUGGGAACCUACAGCACUCUUCUCUCCAGGACUGACAGCUGCUCCUCCGCCCGGGCCCAGUACGAUACGCCGAAAGGUGGGAAGCCGACUCCAAGUGCCCCAGACGAAUUGGUGUACCAAGUGCCACAGAGCGCACAGGGGCUGUCAGGAGCAGGGAGGGGUGGUGGUGUUUUUAAAGAAAUCCUUUGAAGGUGAUGCUGCUUUUUACAAAGCAUCAUUUUAAAGCACAUGGCCUUUUUAAAAUUGUAUUAGUGGUAGUAAUAUAUAGAACGUAUUACAUAUCUGUCACGGACGUGGUUGGGGGAAAUGUGAUGACCGAGGUACAGGAAACUACUAAUCUUGCCAUCUAGCUUUAAAAGUGUUACUGUAGCACAGUUACUGCUUGCCUAUUAAAUUUCAAAUGUCCUGUUUGUUACUACUGUAAAACACUAUUUUAUACAGAAAAAGCUCCCUACUAUGCACUUCAAAGAAAUUAAAAAUCACUGAGAGUAUUUAUUACCAGUGCUGCAGUUACAUUGAUGAACUCGAGAUGGCUCUGUAAGCCUUUCUGGCAAUAACGCAUGGUACUGUUAUAAAAUGUCUGAUGGCUUGAAAUUCUGCUCUUUGUGAAAGGUGGGUACUAUCAUGACUUCUUCCUCUUCUAUUCCUAUAUUGCUUUCUGAAUUUUUUUAGAAAAUAGUGACAUAAUCCUUGUUUUGAUUGCAGUCAUAUAUAUAUAUACACUUAUCCAUCUUUCCUUAGGAAGAGCUAUAGCUGGGAAACUGACCUGCAGUGAGCAGAGUGAUUUUCCACUUUCUGACACUCUAACGAGCUUUAACAUUUCAUAGUACAUAACUUGGCCUCAUCCCUGCUUGUUCCACCUGGGGCCCUUGGUGGCCAGCCCCGUUCUUGUGUUUAUAAAUGCUUGAGUUUUUUCAGUGGGUGAUGCUUGCUUUAUCAACCUCAUUAUUUCAGAUCCCCUAAGGUUUCCAUGUGAAAACAGGAGAAACUUUACAAAUU